AUGAUGAGACCUCCGGAAGGUGUGCGUCUCGUCAUUGAGACAGUUGGUAUCUUGAAAGAUGUGAAACCAAAGAAAGUGGCUGGCGAUAAGCCGGGUGUCAAGUUUGACGACUACUGGGAACCAGGAAAAACACUGCUCCAAGAUCCAGGCAAAUUUUUAGACUCUGUACUCAAAUUCUACAGAGAUAACAUUCCGGACUGCAUUAUUAGCAAAAUUAAACCCUGUAUAGAGUCUGAAAGCUUCACACCAACGGCGAUUUCAAACGUCAGUAAGGCCUGUACAAGUAUAUGUCUUUGGGUCCACGCUAUGUACAAAUACCAUCAUGUUGCGAAGAACGUGGCUCCCAAACGUCAGGCUCUGCAUGCCUCCGAGCUGGAGCUCGAAGAGACGGAGAAAAUAUUGCAGGAAGCACGAAAUCGCCUGGUGGCUUGCGAAGAGCGUAUUGCCAGUCUACAAAGCAAAUACGAUGAAUGUAUUCGCCGUCAGCGUGAGUUGGAGGAAAAGAGUCAGUUGUGCGAAGCCCGACUGGUUCGUGCGGACAAGUUAAUUGGGGGACUAGGCAGUGAAAAACUGCGAUGGCAAGAAGCGGUGGUCAAGUUUGAUCAUUUACCGCAAAAUCUUGUGGGAAAUGCGUUGUGCUCAGCCGGUACUGUGGCUUACCUCGGACCGUUCCCCGGCACAUAUCGCGUAGAAAUGUCUCGUGAAUGGGUUUCAAAGCUGCAAGCCAACGGGGAACCUGCGACAUAUGGUAACUCAUUUCCUCGAACUUACCUUUAUCUUGGAUUUUUACGAUAUUUGACUUCCUUUGCCCACAGGCGUAAUCCGAUUUAA